GUCAGCGGCGAGUUUCUUUUUUCGCUAAACGGAACGAAACAGGAUGCCAAGAAAAAUACAAUUUCGAGGUUGUGACAGUUUAUUUUAAAGUUUUGUAACUCAAGAUGUAUCACUUACUUUGAUCAUUGUUAUCGCACUAAAUGUUUUAGGGUGAAAUUACGUUAACGUUUGCUGUUUCGAAGUCGGCGACAUUGUGAGGACAUAUCGGACUUGGUACUUUCAUUUUUCCAAUGCGGAAGAUCUCUCUGCUUGCAGUGCAGGUAACGUUAAGGCGAAAUAUAAUGGCUCAGACCGAGGGCUCUAUAAAGGGCCGUGUGACGGUGUACUCUGUGAUUGGUUGCCCACACUGCCUCCAAGCCAAAUCAACAUUAAAGGAACUGGGGUUGCCUGUGUGUGAUGUGGACAUAAAUCUAAACGCAGCUCUAAGGGAUGAGGUGAAGAAGCUGACAGGCCGCAGUACGGUUCCUCAGAUAUUCUUCAACAACGUUCAUGUAGGGGGCAAUGACGAUCUGCAAAAGAUGGCUCCUGAGGAGCUUCAGCGGUUGGUGCAAAUGGUGCGAGAACAGCCAGUCCCUGCAGAUGCACCUCCUUUACCUGUGGAGAACAGUUCAGAUGCUACAGCGGAGAGUGGAGAGUUUAUGUGUGAGAGGGAUGCUUUUGCGGACUUGGUUGAGGAGUUCAAGUCCAGCGGGGUGAUUGGCAGCCACAGGAAGGGGUUGAGAGUGUGCAAGAACAGCUUCACAGGGACACAGCUGGUGGACUGGCUGCAGACAGAAAAGGGCAUGGACAGGCCAAAGGCACUUGAACUUGGACAGGGUAUAAUGGAGAGAAAGUACUUUAUUGCUGUGGCGGGAAAGGGUGGGUUUGAAGAUAGUAGCACCUUGUUCAGGUUGCUGGAGCAUGACCCCAACGCUGCACUCAACACAGGAGAAAUGGCAGCAUGCAGCCCCUUGAAGGCUUCGGAACUCUCUGAAAUCCUGAGGAACCUUAUCUUGAAACUUUAUGCAGACCACCUCUCCUCUGAUGGCAAGUUUGUGGACUACAAGGCGAUGUCUCAGAGUCCUUUCUUUGAGCAGUACUGUGAGCUAGCGGUGCAGCUGCAGCGGGUGGAGCUGGGCUCCCUCAGCCGGGAGGAAAAGCUGGCCUUCUUCAUCAAUGUUUACAACGCACUCGUCAUCCACGGAAAUUUACGCAUGGGCAUUCCCAAGAACAUGUGGCAGCGGUAUCGGUUCUUUAACUAUGCGAGCUACCUCAUUGGAGGUGAGGUGUUCACCCUUCAGGAUAUUGAGAAUGGAGUAUUGCGAGGUAACAGGAAGGGCGUAGCACAAAUCCUGAGGCCCUUCUCAAAGAGUGACCCCAGGCUUCAGGUGGCUCUUCCUGACCCUGAGCCUCUCAUUCAUUUUGCUCUCAACUGUGGUGCAAAAGGUUGUCCGCCAAUUAAAACGUACACACCCCAGGGAAUCGAUAGUCAGCUACGGACUGCAGCUGAAGCUUUCCUGGAGAAUGACGAUGGAUGCCUUGUGGACCCCGUCAAAGGAGAGGUGAAGCUGAGCCAGAUAUUCAAGUGGUACAAGGUGGACUUUGGAGGAACAGAUGAAAAGCUGCUGAACUGGAUCUUAAAGCACAUGAGUGACUCCCCUAAAAAGGUCAACCUGCAAAGCCUGCUGUCAUCUGGAUCUGUCAAAGUGAGCUUCAUGCCAUACGAUUGGUCUACCAACAGCAAAGACUGAGCAGGUGUUGCGUCUGCCUCUGAUGUUCACUGCCAGUUAUCUGAUUAACUGGACAUUCAAAGUAGCCACUGCUGUCUAGCCCAGUAGGGCAAAGAAACUUUGAAAAGUUGUCGUAUAUGUUUCUUGCCACUGUUGACUAUGCAUUCAGCUUUUUGUUUGUUUUUUCAACAUUAGCCUACCUGGGGCAGUCUAAUCCUGUAGCAUGGUUGAUACUGUUUUUUCGGUCAACACUGCAAAUAAGUUUCAGCAUUUGCAGAAUACAAAUCAAAAGGUUUUUUAGAUUAUCUAUUUAUUAUAUGAUCUGCACUUUUACAAAUAUCCAAGUGUUUUAUAUCAAUUAGCUAGAAAAUUGUAGGAAGUAAUAGCAUUUUGACUAAAAAGACCAUUGACAUUGGACAUAUUUGACAGAGUGCUCUGUCUGAAAUGUGUGAUCUUUUUCUCAAGUCAUUAAAUUAUUAAUUUAUUAAUGAAUACACUAUUUAACAUUACAACAUUAUUUAACAUCAGAAUACCUCCACUUGCCUUUCAAACUACUGGUUUUGACGUACUGUAUGUCCUUUAAACUGAAGUCUGAUCAUUAUCAUACUUUCAUACUGUAACAUUUGUAUACUCAUGCACCUCAUUAUUAUUUUGCCAUUAUUUAUAAACUGUCAUCUUGUCUGAUAAAGAAUCAGGGCAGAGAAAACAAGCCAUAGGGCUACCAUUGAUAUAUUCUGAGAUGCUGUUCACCAGAUACUGUGAAAUAAUCUGUCGAUGAAUAUUUGACCACACAAUGUUUUAGUGCACAUGAGAGCUCAAAUUUGAGAGGUUUGAAUUUAAUUUCCAUUUUGGUAUAAUAUAAUCAAAGGCGUGGCAUGAUCCAACCAGUGUUUCCCAAACUCUUCUGUGACACGCUACUGUGUCAUAAGAGCUGCUCAGGUGUGCUGCAGGAUAACACCAUUUUCUUUUCAUUAUUAUUUCUUUUUUUUUUCGAAAAUAACUUUUAAAUUGUUGAAAUUAAAUAGAAUUUCAUUAAUAGAUAAUAGUUCUAAAGUUGUAGUUUAAAAUUAUGUUUAAUUUCAUUAGCUCUAAACUGAACUGACUUAUUGGUCAAUCAAAGGAUAAUACAUCAUUGUCCACUAAUACGGUUGCAAUAAACCCUUUCAUUUUGUGACUUGUGGGAUUUAUUUUUGUUGUAAAUAGUGUGCCAUGAGAAGAAUGUUUGGGAAACACUGAUCUUGCCUCUGCUAUAUAAGGACAAGCUUCUCUGAGCCUUGCUUUUCUAUUUUUGUAAUGACUGUUCUUCAGUCUUUUGCCAGGAUUGCAUGCCAGGAGCUUUAUUCUGCACACUGGCAUGAUAUCCCAGUGUUUUUUAUUCAUUUGCAUUCUGGUAAACAUUGCAUGCUUUGAAAUGCCUGUUGCAUGUAUUCUAACAUCGUACACUAGGGGUUUGUAGAACGGUAGGACCUUCACUCUUUAGUUUCUAGCGAGUGCCUUUAAAAUAAAUGCAUGCAAACCAUGGCAAUCUCACUCUGGCCAAUGCAUAUCAUGGGUGCCUCUCAUUUAGUCUUUUAUACAUCCUCCCUUCCUUCCCCGGUCCUCGUCCUCAUUGAUCUACAUAAAGAAUGAUGGGGCGGCAACAAUGGGAUAGUCUAUCCAGUGUUAGUUAUAGAUCAGUGGGAACGAGCCUCGAGGAUCGAGGAGGGAAGUUGAGAGGCGCCCCAUGUCCUACCUACAUUGCUGUAGAAAUGUGACCUCUUGACCUUUGGUCUUUAACACAAGAAAGGUCUCUACUGAAUAUAAGAUUCUGUAAUAGUCACUGCUGCAGUAAAGGCCUUUAUGGGAGCAGACACCUGUUAAAAAAAACCCAUGCAGGUUACCUCUUUUAAUCUCCUCACCUAUCAGGAAAAUGUUAUGUAUGAUGCAAGACUGUCUUGGUUCUCCUCAUAACUGUAAUCAUGCUUUUGCAUGGAUCAAGCAAUACUUGAAGAAUCACAGGUGAAUAUGCAAUAUUUCAAUAAAAU